UCAAAGCUCUUUCCGGCCAACGCUGCUCCCAUUGGCUGAGUGUUCCCUUCUCUUCCGCGGGGGCCUUCUUCGCUGCGUUGUUGGGUUGUCUUCUUGUUCGUCGUCGUCCUCGUUGUUUUUGUUCUCGUAGGAGCCGUUGGUGGCGGCAGUGGUGGUAGCGAAGAUGCCGGAGCGGGAGAGUGAGCCGUUCUCCAAUCCUUUGGCCCCAGAUAACCAUGAGGUGGAUGAUACUCAUUCUUUCCACCAGUCCAAGCUGACCAAUGAAGACUUUCGCAAGCUUCUUAUGACCCCACGGGCAACCCCAACAUCUGCCCCACCUUCCAAAUCUCGCCAUCAUGAAAUGCCAAGGGAGUAUAAUGAAGAUGAAGAUCCAGCUGCUCGCAGGAGAAAGAAAAAAAGCUAUUAUGCAAAGCUGCGCCAACAAGAGAUUGAGCGAGAGAGGGAGCUGGCUGAGAAGUACAGGGACCGUGCCAAGGAGAGAAGAGAUGGUGUCAACAAGGACUAUGAGGAAACAGAACUGAUCAGCACGACUGCCAACUACAGGGCAGUAGGACCUACUGCAGAGGCGGAUAAAUCUGCUGCAGAAAAGAGGCGGCAGUUGAUUCAGGAAUCCAAGUUCUUGGGUGGUGACAUGGAGCACACUCACUUGGUGAAGGGUCUGGAUUUUGCUCUGCUGCAGAAGGUGCGUGCUGAAAUUGCCAGCAAAGAAAAGGAAGAGGAGGAACUGAUGGAGAAGCCCCAAAAAGAAACAAAAAAAGAUGAAGAUCCUGAAAACAAAAUUGAAUUCAAGACUCGUUUGGGUCGUAACAUCUACCGGAUGCUGUUCAAGAGCAAGGCUUAUGAGCGGAAUGAGCUCUUUCUGCCAGGGAGGAUGGCCUAUGUGGUGGAUCUUGAUGAUGAAUAUGCCGACACAGACAUCCCUACAACCUUGAUCCGAAGCAAGGCUGACUGCCCUACUAUGGAGGCCCAGACCACGUUGACUACAAAUGACAUUGUCAUUAGUAAACUGACCCAGAUUCUUUCCUACUUGAGGCAAGGCACCCGCAACAAAAAGCUCAAGAAGAAGGACAAAGGAAAACUGGAUGAGAAGAAACCUCCUGAGGCAGAUAUGAGUAUCUUUGAGGACAUUGGAGAUUAUGUGCCAACGGCAGCAAAAGUGCCACGGGAGAAGGAGCGCGAGAGGUACAGGGAACGGGACCGAGAGCGGGAGAGAGAGCGAGACAGGGAGCAUGAAAGAGAUCGUGAACGGGACCGAGAGAGGGAACGGGAGCGUGAAAGGGAGGAAGAGAAGAAGAGGCACAGCUAUUUUGAGAAACCCAAAGCUGAUGAUGAGCCUAUUGAUAUUGAUAAAGGACCUGGUUCAGCCAAAGAGCUGAUUAAAUCAAUCAAUGAGAAGUUUGCCGGUGCAGGUGGCUGGGAAGGAGCAGAAUCAUUAAAAAAGCCUGAAGACAAAAAACAACUAGGCGACUUCUUUGGGAUGUCAAACAGCUAUGCAGAAUGCUACCCUGCUACAAUGGAUGAUAUGGCUGUAGAUAGUGAUGAAGAAGUAGACUACAGCAAAAUGGAUCAGGGAAACAAAAAAGGACCCCUUGGCCGCUGGGAUUUUGACACACAAGAGGAGUACAGCGAGUACAUGAACAACAAGGAAGCUUUGCCCAAAGCGGCAUUUCAGUAUGGAAUCAAGAUGUCUGAGGGCCGUAAGACACGCCGUUUCAAGGAGACAAACGACAAGGCUGAGUUGGAUCGGCAAUGGAAGAAGAUCAGUGCAAUCAUUGAGAAAAGGAAGAAGAUGGAGGCUGAUGGGGUUGAGGUGAAGAGACCAAAAUACUGAAGCCUCCAUGAUCCCCUCUGCUGCGAUCUUGACGCUCAACUGUUCUGGAGAUGUCUUUGACAGAAGUGCUAGUCCUUUGUCCCAAUUUGGGACAAAGCUAAUUUGUUCCUUGCUUUCAGGACUGUGCAGGGCCUUGGGCCUUGAACACAAGGAACAGCCCACGAUUUUGCUAAAGAACCUUCGUACCACAUUCCCUUGUCUCGACUUGGCUUUGCUGCAGCAGUGCCUGUUCCCCUUCAUCUCUAGGUUCUGUGGCUUUAUAACCUUUUUAGAUACAAUAAAAUCUGCACUAAUGUCUGUCACA